AUGCCUAGUCUUCCCAAUGGCAUCCCAAUUCCGGAGGUGCCAUUGAGCUUUGUGCCUGCAAAGGCCGGCGAAGUCCUGCACCUAGGACCACUGACAUGCCGGAUCAUGGAAGAUGGGUCUAAGACCGACAACCGCAUCGGUGUAGCUGAGCUGAUUAUGCCACCCAAGACCCCCGGUCCACCACCACAUUGGCACGAAAUGCACGAUGAGACCUUCUUCGUGACACAAGGCACUGUCCGCUUCCACAAGCCAGAGCCAGGCAACCCGGGAGUCGAUAAGGAGAUCAUCGAUGCCAAAGCUGGCGACUACAUGGUUGUGCCCAUUCGCUCGCCACACACCUUCAGCAAUCCUUUCGACGAGGAGGCCAGGAUUUUUUUCACAAGCACGCCGGCCUUUUACAUCAACUACUUCAAGCUGCUUUCAACACUUGGUGAAGAAGGCAAGCCCAUGCCGGCAGAGGUCAACAUGACUGCUAUGGCGCUGUAUGCCACAACGCUGGUAGACAAGCAGCCGAGAAAGCCAGAGUAG